AUGCCGGCCAAACGUGCUACACGCCGGGCUGGCGCGACUCCUUCACGGCCACAUAUGGACCCCGAAUUUGAGUCCAUACUCGACCGUGUACAAGGACCUAUUUUGCCUAGUGUUCCAGUCCAAGCAUCAUUCAAUUAUGGUGCUACUACUACUACAGCAUUACCUACACGCAUGUCGGUACGGCCCAACAUUGGGAUUGACCAGAUGGCUGGAGCAGUCGAUGCCCGUCUUGAGGUUGCUCGGAGGCGAACAGCUGCUACCAAGAAGAAGAAUGGCACUCAAGCACGCAAGCGUGAGCCAACACCCGACGAAGCUCAGCUUCAACAGUCGUUGCAUAAUGCAGCAGAUGAACAUUCCGAUAAAACUCCUUCGCCUCCUGUUCCACAUUCGGUAUCUACAGACUCUAGUCCUGAUGCUCAACCGCCAUUGCAACGUCAGUUGUCAAACUCUCCGCUUUAUCCAUCGCCACUUCAGCGGAUGGGGUCUCCUCGAAUUAAUAGUCCUCUGGAUAGCUCGCCAUUCCGCCACAGCUCUGUUGAUAAUGCCUCUGUGGUGUCUUGGGAUCUGGAACGUGAUAUUAACGAAGAUGACCUGCAAAGAACGCGACCAAGCAAACAUGGACGCAACAUUACAGCUCCCCCUCGACGAGUUUCUGGCCUGGCUAAUGUUCCCGAAGAGGACGAAGAAGAAGACAUUCAAUUUGACUCAGCAAUAUAUCAUGACUUUGACCCUCAGGUCCCCAAAGAAAGCUUUUUGAGUCGAUGGCUAGCAGCAGUGCGGCCCCGAAGUCGGGAGCCCCAGGUUCUCAAUGAACCCCCCGCCGAGGUACGCCGAAAAAACUUGAUGCAAAAGUUUGAAACAGCAAUGGAGGGCAGCUACAAGAACUGGAUUAGGGCUGCGUUCUAUUUGCUCUUGUUUCUGAGCUUUAUUUUCAUGCCCCUGAUCGCCGCGAAGCUUCGCGAUUAUCUAGAUCAUGGUGCUAUGGAUUGGGAUUUCUCUUCGAAUAUAAGCGUCUCUAAACCGGAAGUUUUCCAUAGCCUUCGGAGCCAGGUGUCAAAAAUGGACGUUCAGAUGUCAUCCUUGUCGAACGAGCUCAGUUCUCUUCAAUCAGGACAGUCGCUUUCCAACGUUCAUGAUUCGACGCCCACAGACCCAAGCCUCCAUCGGAAACCGGUCUACAAAGUAAAUUUCCUCUCGGUGGCAUUGGGGGCAAUGAUCGACCCAGCGAAAACCUCACCAACUUUGGGCUCUAAGCAGAGCGUUCCUUUCCGAGCCCUCCUCUGGGCGAGUUCAUUUGUAUCCAGGCGCGCCAUUCGAACACAGCAAUCUCCUAUGUCUGCCUUGACCACGUGGGAAGAAGUAGGCGACUGCUGGUGCAGUGCCCCUCGUAACGGAACGACCCAAUUAGCUGUCCUUCUCGGCCGUGACAUUGUGGCAGAAGAGUUGGUAGUUGAGCACAUUCCCGUGGGCGCUUCUCUCGAACCCGAGGCGGCACCACGAACAAUCGAGGUGUGGGCUCGCUUCAAAGUGAACCCCCACAGAAUACCAGUCAAAGCGAAACCAACGCCGGAGGCUAGACCUGGCCGCGUUGGCUUCCUAAAACUCUUCGGAGAUGCAACAGUGUCACAACCGCCACCACCAUCAACCCAGGCCCCUUCGUCCCGCGAAACAGGACUUGGAGGAUUCCUAAUCCCUGGAAUCGGUUCACUCCACGGGUUGGUGAUGGAUCUAUUGCGUCGGAGCAACCCCUUCGAUCCCCCGAGCGCGUACUCAGAUGACCCUAUUCUCGGACCCAACUUUUACCGCAUCGGGAAAGUAGAAUAUGAUCUCCACAGCCCUGAUUACGUGCAGAAAUUCAAGCUCAACACCAUCGUCGACGUGUCGACUAUCCGUGUGGACAAGGUCGUCUUUAGGGUGACUUCAAAUUGGGGUGCCAAUCACACUUGCAUCUAUCGAUUCAAGUUACAUGGGCACAUCUAG